AUGAUAGCAUCCGAGCUUCCACCACAGUUCCUAUGUCAACGAUAUGUGCUCAAUGAUACGCAGCUUUCCGAAACCUUUGAUCUUCUCGAUAUGGAUCGAGAUGGACAAUUGUCGAGAGCUGAAAUCGCCGCACUUCUCAGAACGAUAAACGUGGAACCAACCCGGAUCGAGCUUGACUUUAUCUUCGAGGAAAUGGACACAAACAAAACUGGCAAGAUCAACAAAGAAGAAUUCGUUCGCUACAUGCGCAGUCCGCCCGUUCAUCGAACGACUUUGAGAGAAUUAGAGAAACAAUUCAAGCAAUUCGAUCAAGAUGGAGAUGGAGAGAUUACAUAUGAGGAAAUGAACAAAAUACUGCGUGAAUGCGGUGGAUUGAAAGACGAGAAAGCAUCGAGAGAAAUGUUCAAGGCAACUGAUCGAAACGGCGAUGGGAGGAUCUCGUUCAUCGAAUUUGUCACCAUGAUGCAAGAA